AUGUCAAACUUUGCCUACAACCAUCUUCAAGACGAGCUCGGAUCUUUAGCCGUCAGUCAAACUGCACAUGUUCCACAAACGCCAGUGAACUUGUCGACAAAUCCGCAGUUUGAUUCCAUUCAGUUGCACAGCAGCGAAGACAAUGGGGACGACGUUCCUGGUUUAUCUAUCAGCAACAACUCGGAAAAUGUCAGAUACACUGCCCUCAGACCUACCUCGGUUAGAGAACUGGUAGAGAUUGACGUCGAUCGAGACACCGAGGGCACAGACUCGUCCAUUCUGGUAAGGCUACCAUCUUCAAAAAAGCCAACAGCUGUUCCCAAAGUCUACAUUGUUAUUUGUGGCCUGUUGAUUGCUGGAGUGGUCCUUGUGGCCUUCACCCUAGUCUACGUCUUCAUUAUCCUGCCUAAUUCCAACGAGAAGCAUUUCCUGGAUGAUGAAAAGGAAUCGGCGGCUGCAGUAACUCCUGACACCGACGCCAUUUUGGUAAGGUCAUCAUGUGGCGUAUUUCAAGGACUGAAGGAAGAAGAUGCCCUCGUUUUCCGGGGAAUACCGUACGCCAGUCCGCCCACCGGACAACUUAGAUGGAAACCACCAGUUGCUAUAGACGCUCAAAGCAGCGCCACCUGUAAACAUGUCUUCAACGCAACAGAUUACGGCAGUAAGUGCCUGCAGCCGAAAUUUGACAACGUAUCUGUGUUUGAAGGGAGCGAAAACUGUCUUUUCUUGAACAUCUGGACGCCAUCUUUGAGUCCCAGCUCCCCUCUUCCUGUCAUGGUGUGGUUCCACUCCGGCGACUUGAUCUAUGGUUCUGGAAACAUGGCGGGUAUGUCUCCAAAUCCCCAAGUUGCCGGGGCAACCAAUGCUGUGUAUAUCAGUUUUAACUACAGACUCGGCGUCCUUGGGUUUCUAGCGGUUGAUGAACUGAGGCAGGAGUCCGACGGAGCAGCAGGGAAUUAUGGCUUUAUGGAUCAACAAAUGCUUCUUAUGUGGGUUAAGGAGAACAUACGUCAGUUUGGUGGCGACGAAAAAAAGGUAACCAUAUUUGGGCAUGGCUCUGGUGCCACGUCUGUCCUCGCCAUGCUUAUGUCACCUGACAACAGUGGGCUCUUCAACAAGGCGUGGCUGACCAGUCCCGUAGCGAUCAUCAAUAAGACUGUAGAUGAAGCUUGUAGAGACAAUAGAGUCUUCAUGGAGAAAUCCGGUUGCGACAGUGUCCAGUGCCUGCGUCAGUUACCUGCAGAAACAGUGGCCAGACUUUCGCCAUGGCCAGUUCAAAAUCAAUGGACUUUAGACCAGCUGUUCGCCACAGUCAAAAACGGACAGCUCAGAAAUGACUUGCCUAUUUUUGAUGGUCACGUAUUGCCAAGGCUACCUUUAUUGACCAGACGUGAUAAGCUUGCUGUGCCUGUAGUGUUUGGUUCCACAUAUUUGGACAUGAGCGGCCUCGAUCUACAGCCUGGAAUAUUCAACAUAACCUGGGAUGUGUACAGUGAACUGCUAGAUCAACAUCUGGGCGUCCUAGGCUCAGAAGCAUCGUCUCUGGUGAAGUCUUUCUACUCAAAGAAGAGCCACAAAGAGCUUUUACAAUCUACACAGUUUCUUUCUCCAGCAAGUGUGCAGUUUUUGCAUCUCCUUGGCGACGUCAAAAACGUGUGUCCAACAAAGGUGCUCGCUAAUGCCGUUCUGACGACAUAUUUAAACUCUUCUGCUGUGUUUAUGUACUUGGCUGAUUUUGUUCCUUCCAACCACAUCCAGGCUUCUAGCCCAGAGAGGAUCGUGUUCUUUGGCUGGGAUAUUGUGGCGUUCUUCGGUACUUUUCAGGACCUGGGGUUUAAGAUCGGUCAGGGGGAGUUGAACUUUCAGAAUAUUCUCAGAGAAGAGAUCAUGAGCUUUGUGAAGUCGGGGCGGCCCGACGCGUCACGUUGGAAGACAGCAGACGUGAAUGUUGGGGUUAUUGGAAGUGACGUCACGGUGACUCCUGUGGCGUUUGAUGACUUCGUUCAGUGUGAUCUCUGGAAACAAUAUGGAUUUUUUAACUACACAUGGCAGAGACAUUUCUAA